UGAGUGCUAAUGAGAGAGAAGUUCAUCACACUGCAUUAGCUUUUGGCAAAGCUUAAAAGAUGCUGCGUUUUUUUCUUUUCCUGCUCUUUUUUGGCCAGGUUGUUCAGGGCCUAAGAAUCUGCUCUUUCAACGUGAGAUCAUUUGGAGAAUCUAAGAGAAAAAACCCAGAAAUCAUAGAAGUUAUUAUAGAGAUUAUAUCUCGCUGUGAUAUCAUGCUACUAAUGGAAAUAAAGGACAAUAGGAACAGAAUAUGCCCCUUUCUGUUAGAGAAACUAAAUGGACGGUCAGAAGGAACAUACAGUUAUGUGGUCAGUAACAGGUUAGGAAGAAGGCAUUACAAGGAGCAAUAUGCGUUUUUCUACAGAUCGGAAAGCGUCUGUGUGAAGCAAAUCUAUCAGUAUCCUGAUCUGCAGCCCGGUGAUGAAGAUGCCUUUUCCAGAGAACCUUUUGUUGUUUGGUUCAACUCUCCAAGAACAGAGGUCAAAGAAUUUGUGAUCAUCCCGAUACACACAACGCCUGAAAUGGCUGUGCGAGAAAUCGAUGAACUCUAUGAUGUGUUUCUGGAUGUCAAGUCACGCUGGAAGACUAAGAAUUUCGUAUUUAUGGGAGACUUCAAUGCUGGCUGUGGCUAUGUGGCAAAGAAGCAGUGGAAAAAUAUCCGAUUACGAAAUCACACUGACUUUGUUUGGAUAAUUGAUGAUAAAAAUGACACAACUGUGAAAUCAACAACACACUGCCCCUAUGACAGGAUUGUGCUCCAUGGAGAGACACUUAUAAAUGCCGCCAUCUUGGGCUCAGCCAAUAUCUUUGAUUUUCAGAGUGCCUUCUCCAUGACUGAAGAACAGGCCUUAGCAGUGAGCGAUCACUUCCCAGUAGAAUUCCAGCUGAGAACAACCAGACGGUCCUCGGGCAGAACAGCCAGAUAUUGCAGAACUCGUGUAUAAUAAAUCCAGUGAAAUGUCGUUCUAGUCAAACUUAAAACACGCAAACACAAAAAUGUAUGAAAAGAAAAGAGCUGAUUUUUGGGGUCAUUUUUAUGGGCAGUUUGCUAUACAAGAUAUAUUUAAUCAAAAAAAUGCAAAGCCCACAUCUUUAUGCUAUUCAAA